UGGAUGUGGAGGCGAAGUACAAUGAAUUGUAUGAGCAUAUGAAGAUGUUGCUGGAGUCCAAAACACCGGAUUAUGAUGAAGUGAAAACGACUGCCGGAAACAUUCUUGCUCUUCACCGAUCGUUUCCCGCCGAUCUCCGAUUCCGAAUAUGGGAAGUGUUGCUGGAUGUUGCAGAGCGAGAAGAACCCGACUUUGAUUUGAUGACAAAGACACAGGCCCGCUUCAGUAACGAUCAUGUUCUCAUCAUGGAUGUGGAACGUUCUUUUAAUAUGGUCGAGGAGCCCAGGAAAUCAGAGUUGCGUUCGCAGCUGCAAACCAUCAUCUCGACUUACUGCGCCAAAUACGACGUUGCUUAUUGGCAGGGAAUGCACGACAUGGUCGCCGUGCUUCUGCUGAUGGAGCCGCAGCCGCCUCUUCCCAAAAUCUUUCUACUGCUGUCCAUGUUCCUGCAGACGUUUCUCCCGUACGUUUUUGACGACCACGACUGCAUGUUUCUCCACCACCUCUUCGAAAUGAUCCGUCUGCUGCUGCAAUACCACGACCCCCAACUCGCGUUAUACCUGCAGAGCCACAACGUGAUCCCGUCCAUCUUCUCUCCGCCCUGGCUGCUGACCCUCUUCGCGCACGACAUGUCCCAGCCGCUCCUGCUGACGAUCUGGGACCAAUACAUUUUCUACAAAAACCCGGCCAUCCACGUGUUCACCGUGCUCUCCCACCUCAUCUCCAACAAGCAGCGCAUCCUCACCUACCCGCCCAGCGAGCUGCUGCAGCUCAUCACGCACCUGCCCUUCGAGAACGACGAGUCUUCCUUCCUCUUCGACGAGCACCCCGAUUCUCCUUCCCUCGACCCUGCGCUCGACGAGGUCUGCCGCGCGCUCAACGCCGAGCUGCGCGACCGCCACUGCGACCCUCGCGUGAUCACCGACGUCGUCAUCGAGGGCCGCCGGCUGAUGCAGCAGACGCCGCCGGGGUUCGUGCAUCGCCUCAACGACCUGCUGAACGACAAAGUGUCCGUGUCGCUGGAGUCGCUCGAGUGGUACCAGGCCGCGCCCUGCGUCGCCACCAGCCCCGUGGAGAUCUACACGUUCCUCCUCCGCGGGGUCGAGCGGAACGUCAACUGCCUGCGGUACCUGCUGCUGGACACGCGCAGCGCCACGGCGUUCCGCAGAGGGCACAUCGCGUCCUCGAAGAACGUCUCCCUGCACACGCUGCAGAACGCGGAGAAGACCGAGCUGCUGCUCCGCAAGAUCCGCUCCCACGAUUACCACGUCGUGGUGCUGGACAAUGGCCGCGAGAGAGAGCGCGAGGAGGACGUCGGCGAGCGGCUCGUCCGCACGCUCGUCCAGAACGGAUGCAAGUACGUCAGUCGCAUCCUCGGCGGCUUUGAGCGCAUCGCCAAGCUUAUCGAGAUCGAGGCGGGGGCAACCCAAGCAGACGGAGCUACCGCGGGACUCAUCGUACGCGAUGAAACGUCCCAGAUUACCGCGGAAGAGCUCAUGCGACGCUCCGAGCUCGCUAUGGAACCCGGCCAUCGAGCGUCCCGACAACCCGUGCGCACCAGUUCGCCAAAUGGGGAAACUGGGGAAACUGGGGAAACCUCGGAUGAGAAACGGGGAAAUUCCGAUGAAUCGGAGAAAUCGGAGAAACCGGAGAAACCGGAGAAGCAGGAGAUGAUCAAAACGAUCGAUGGGAAGCAGUGCCUGCUGUACGAGUGCUGGCUGAGCAACGGGCAGGUGAAGGACUUCGCGUGCAUGAAGGUGCAGAAGGUGCAGAAGGAGGGGAAGGAAGUGUUCGUGUACACGACGGAGAAGCGGAUCGUGCUGACGAACGGGUUCCUGUUCGUGAUCGAUAUAAACAAUUGCGUGGAGAAGGGGUACGCGAUUAUCGACAAUCGGUAUAGCUAUGCGUCGAUUGAGACGGUGAGAGCGACGGGGAAGGAUUUUAUUUAUAUCGUGAUCAAGCCGAAUAAGGAGGGAAAGAAGAAGCAGUUGCUGUUUAAGGUGGUGAAGAGGGAUGAUUGUGUGGAGGAGCUGAAUGCGAAAAUGAAGCGAGAAUUGUGGGAUGUUUGUUGCAGACAGAUUUUGUUUUCUUGGCCUUUUUUCAUGUCAUCAGAAUCAUUGGUGAAGCUUGGUGGCACCCAGAAUAAGGCAUGGGCGGAAAACGCACAUAAGUCUUACGGAAUGAAGAUGCUGAAAAAAAUGGGCUGGAAGGAUGGAGAAGGUCUCGGAAAGGAUGGUGCUGGGCAACAAACCCAUAUUCAGAUUAAACGAAGAGUAGAAAACGAAGGUUUGGGUCUUGAUGAGUCGGACCGAACGAAUCAAACCUUUAUCUCCACGAUCGGUAACUUUUCGGAAGUGUUGGAAGGUUUAAAUAAAGAGCAUGCGGAUGUGAUAAAGCUAAUGAAAAAGAAGGAGAAAAAGGACAAGAAAAAGAAGGAAAAGAAGGAUAAAAAGAACAAGAAGAAGAAGGAUUCGUCCAAAGUCACAACGCGUCACAAAUAUAAGAAAAUUUUGGAGAACAAGACGAUUAGCAACUACUCAACCGAUGAUCUGAAUGCCAUUUUAGGGAUAUCUCCUCGUGAUGAAUCAAUUGUUUGUUGGGAACAAAGGAAGAAAGGGGUUCAAAAGAAAAACAAUAGAAUAGUAAAACAAUAUUUGUAG